AUGGAUCGCCUUUGCAUCCUGCUCCUCGUGCUUUUGGGAACCUCUCGGAUUCAGGCCCGUUACUGUGGUGGGUCCAGGGCAAACAUGUGCAUCCAGCGAAACCGUUGCCGUAUUGGAACAGAAACGGGAACACCAACCAUAGAUUUUAGAGGACUUAGUAACGGUAAUCAGGGAUGUGAAUCUGGGCAUACCUGCUGCCCGAUAACAGAAAUAUUACAAUAUUCGGUACAGACAGACAAUCAACAGAUUCCUCUCGACUGUGGCCACAUGAAUCGCCAAGGAGUGAGCUUCACCAUAACUAACGCGAGAGACAUCGCGCAGGAUGGCGAACUGCCAUGGAUGGUGGCUGUGCUCGAUGCCAGAAACAGCCAGGCGAUUGGAGGUGGCUCCCUUAUUAAGCCGGAUGUGGUGCUUACAUCCUCGUCGAAAACCUCAGAAAUUCCCGAGAACUACCUCAUUGUGCGGGCUGGCGAAUGGGACUUUAAAAGCUACACCGAGCUGCGACCACAUGUGGAUGUUCCGAUCAGAAAGAUCGUUCGACAUCCCGGUCUCAGUAUGACAAGUGGUGCCAGUAAUGCGGCCCUUCUGUUCCUUGCUAGACCGCUUAAUCUGGACCACCACAUAAAUCUCAUUUGUUUGCCUCCGCCGAAUCGAAACUAUAUCAAUAACCUUUGCACCGUCAGUGGCUGGGGCAAAAAAACCGUCUCGGACAACUCAUACAUGAAUGUCCUGAAGAAGAUCGAGGUGCCAUUGGUGGAAAAAAGUGUGUGUCAAACGCAACUGCAAAAUUUCGUCGGCAAAGAAUUUUUUCUCGAUAACAGCCUGAUGUGUGCCGGAGGAGAAGUUGGAAAGGAUUCGUGCAAAGGCGAUGGAGGUGCCCCCCUGGUCUGCCCACUGCAAAGCGAUCCCAAUCGGUACGAACAGGUAGGAAUCGUCAACUUCGGAUUUGGAUGUGGAAAGCCCAUUCCUGCUAUCUACACUGAUGUUUCCCAUAUUCGAAGCUGGAUUGAUUAUAGUAUCCUAGAGAAUGCAGUCAACUAUUCUCCCCCAUCACCUGGUCAAGUCGUAGAAUCUAUUCGGAAUGAAGGCUAUGGGUCUGGCGGUCUUAGAUAUGAUCCGAAUGGGAUCCAAAAACCUAAUCAAGGUGGAGGAUUCAUUUCGUAUUUAGGCCAAGGAUAUGAAGACAAUGGACCUCUUCCAAUCGGAGGACAUAUUCCAAGUGUGCGCCAAGAAUACAGUGGCAUUGGAUAUGAUCCAAAUCCUGAAGUCGGAUCUCCAUUAUUUGGUGCAUCUGGUGCCGGAAAUCAAAAUCCAAAUAUAAGGCAAGAAAAUUUUGCAUCUAAUCAAGUUGAAGUCGGCAGAAAUAGUAACGAUCUUGGUGGCAGAACGGUAACUGGAGGCGGUGCUAUUCAGAAUCCCAACAAGAAUAAUGUUAAUAAUCCUGAAUUCGGAGAUUUUACAUUUGGUGUAUUAGGUGCCGGAGAUCAAAAUCCAAAUAUAAGAGUCGGCGGAAAAAUCAACGAUCUUGGGGGCAGAACUAGAGGCGGUGCUAUUGAGAAUCCAAACAAGAUUAAUGUUAUUAAGCUUGGUGAUUUUCCUACCACAACGACUACGCCAAGUCCACCUGUCAAAAUGGUAAUAGUAAAGGCCUAACCUAAUUAAAUAAUUAUAUCAGAGAGCUUUUAAUAUAUAAAUUACCUACAUAUAACGCUUAUAUACAUAUAGGCAUUUCUGUAAUAUUAUAUUUUUGUAUUAUUUAA